AUGCUCUCCAAAAGACCCUUCACCAAACCCAGCAAAACUGUUUACGACGACGUGUUUGGUGGCCCACCUCGUUUUGGAGCAGCCCCAACACUGUCUCCUCGAGUGGAAGACUACAGCGAGAUAUUCGGUGGGUUUCACGCGCCACAUGGAGCUUCCUCGUCGAUACCAGUGCUUGAUCUCCCGUUGGUAGACAAUGAAGUAGCUGAAGAUGUUUUCUUUGAUGUUAGAAGUUGUUCUGGGUUUGACUAUAAUGAGGUUUUUGGUGGGUUUAAUGGUUCUGAUUUUGCUGUUUCGUUGGAGGACUUAAUGGUGGAGCAAUCUAACGGCCGUGAUGUUUCCUCUGAUGAAGCUUGGACACCAGAAGACCCUGAAUAUCUAUCAGAAGAGUCAGAUAAUUCUGCAAAGAACCAAUGCUUGUCGAGUGGUUACUCUCCCGAGUCCAUUGAUGGGAGCAUGGAAUUUAACAUAUCAUAUCAUAAAGCUAGUCAAAGCAGCAACAAAGAUAUGUCAAAUGGGAUCACGCAUGUGACCCAGCUACUUGAUGUUCCUGGGUAUGCUUUUAUGGUUGAUAAAAACAUGUCUUUGCCAAAGACAGAUGAUGAGUACCCACCUCUGCAGGUGAGUGAUGAUGGCCAUCUCAAUAUUGAUUUCACUGGGGAAAUGAUGGGGGGAAAGAAGCUUAGAAAGACCAUGUCACAUCCGGCUAAUGGUAGUGCUGAUGGGCUAGUUUUUGGAAAUGAAGUUAGAACUUAUAAGGAAUAUGUCAGAAAUGGAUCCCUUCCUAAUGAGACGUUUGUAACAAUUUCUGAUGUCAGCCUUAAAACUCGCCCCUCUCAGUUGCCACCACCUUCUAGACCACCGCCUGCAUUAGAUGUCAAAAAGAGAGAUUCUUGUAAAUCAACUCCAAACUGUCAAAGUGUUUCUUCUUCAGGGAGUGCUGGUGAUAAUUCUCCACCUUUCUUUGAUGUAGAGGUAGAUGCAAGUUCCUCUGCUGCAGUCUCUGCUGCUGCUAUAAAAGAAGCUAUGGAGAAAGCUCAAGCCAAGCUGAAAAGUGCAAAAGAAUUGAUGGAGAGGAAGAGGGAUGGUUUUCAAGGCCGUACAAAAUUGGGUUCGAAGAAUGACAGAAAGGAUAGAGAAGGUAGGGUGGUUAAGAUUGUUGAUGUGUCUGGUAGAACAAAAUAUGAAGGGGUGCAAAGCACUUGUGAAAGAGAAGAGAAUGGAAUUGAGGAAAGACAGAAGGUUACAAUUCCAGAUUCAUUAGAAGGGAAAAGGCAUCUAAAUUCAGUAAAAAAAUCAUCUGAUGAGAAGCAUGGAAGAGAAGCCUUGUCAUCUCAAGGAUCUGAUAAAAAUGAUGAAGCUGGAGAAUGGAAAGAAGCUACUCAAUUUUUUGAACUGGUGAGAACAAAUGUACCCAGAAAAGUUGUUGACUUGGCAAAUUAUGAUGACAUUUUUCUGCAGAACACAAACAUCCAUGAACAAGAGCAGAUGAUGAAAAAGGGAGCCACAGAAGCAUUACAGCAGCAACAAGAAAAUGGCAAGAAAGUACAAGCAGUUUCAGCAGAUCAUGAACUGGAGGAACAUGCAAAGAACCCCAACGUACCAAAACCAGCUUGUGACGUGGGGGGAGCAAUGGGAGAUCAGAGGCUGCUAAAGUGGCACACAGAGAGAAAGGGCUUGAGAAGAAGGUACCAGUGGCUCAAGAGUUUUAUAGAGUAA